AUGAAAUAAAAACGAGAAGAGUUUAGAUAAUAAAUUAGAAAAUAAGCUAAUGAAAAAAUUUUUUCAUAAGUGAGAGGACUAAUAAAGAAAUCCAAUUAAGAGUAGAAUUAGAUGGUUACAACAGAAAGUGAAUUUUUCUAAGAACUUGCUUUGUAAAUUAAAAAGGAUUUUGAUGAAAAAAAUUUACUAAAAAUUUUCAAAAAAUGGGAAGACAACUUUGAUAAAAAAUAGUUAUAAAUCCUUUUAUUUAACAAAGAAUUUCCUUACUUCAAAUUUUUAAUUGCAAAUUUUAAGAUGACUAAAAAAUAUAUUAAAAUUUUGAUAUUCAUUUUUGUGGCAAUAGAACAUGAUAUAUCAGAAGUUCAUAAUGCUUUGUAUUAAUAUUAAUUACUUAAUCAAUUGCAAAGUAAUUUUGAAAAACUAGAUUAAGAGAUGUAGUAAUAAGUAUCACAUCUUGCAAUAUUAGAUAAUGUUUCUAUUCAGUGUUUUAGUACAAUAUUCGCAAUUAUAUCGAUUGGCUAUAAAAAAUUCAAAAGUAAUGGACAUUGUUGUUACUUAAUUUAUAAAUUAAAAGAUUAAUAAUUUUACAUAGAAUUAUGUAGAAUGUUUUCUCUUUAUGAUUUGGUCAUUAAUAAAUCCAGACAUAUCUUCAAUGUCUGAUUUAUUUGAAUGGUUGUUUGAUUGCCUUUUGAAUUUAAACAUAGCAUUAAUAGACUUUUAGUCUGAAUAUUUAUUACCUAUAAUUUUUAAGGCAGCUUCUUAAUUUACAUUUUGUAGAGAGAAACUCUUAUAAAAGAAUAUGGAUUAGAUAAUACAUUAAUUAUAAUCUUAGAACAAAAACUAAACAAUAUAUGUAUAUUGAAUAUUUAUAAAUAUAGUUAGAAUUUUUAGAUUUCUUAAAUCAUUUGUAAAUGCAAUAGCCAGAUAUUUUUAUUUAGUUUUUUAUUGAAUAUUGUUGGAAUAUUAUUAAAUAAAUAUUGAUUUAAAGUGAUUUUAUUUAGGAGGCUAAAAUAAGAUCAGGAUAUUUAUUAUUAGAAGCUGUGAAUAAUAGAGAAAUAGAAGAAUUUUUAAAAGCAUAAAAUAUACUAAAUGAAAUUUUGAAUCUUAUACUUUAAACAUAAAAUUUUGAUGUAAUUUGGCAAUUAAUAUUUUUAGUUAAUUUAGGUUUACUUUAAUUUACUUUAGGUAUUAUUAAUAUAAGAGUAAUGUCAAUCAAAUUAAAUGGAUUUAUUGGCCCAAGGGAUAAUCCAUUCUGUUACAUUAACAAAUGAAGUAAUUAUAUAAUAAUAUAAAUGAGAUUUAAUUAGUACAAGUAUGGCAAGUGAUUUUGUACUUAAUGUAGGAUUUAGAAAAUAAAGAAAUACUUAUAGAAUAUUUAAGGAAAUAUAAUUUUAAAAGGAUUAUGGAGAAUUGUUUACAAAUAGUAAAGAACUCAAUGAUAUCAAACAUCAUAAAUAGAUGUUUCGAAUUAUUAUGA